AUGAGAAUUGAAGAUGGUAGUGGAACUCGAAGAUUUGCAAGCAAGGAUAACUUUCAUCCUAUCAUUGGAUUGCUCAUUACGCUUGUGGCAUUGGUAAUUAUUAUCACAGCCUCAUCAAUCUCGUACUUCGCUGGCGGUUUCUUGCUCGUCCUCUACCAUGCGAUCCUCCUCGCGAAUCUGCAUCUCGCAUUGCAGAGUCAGAACCCUUGGGCAGGCUACACCAAAGACACACAGCAAGCGCAGAUCUUGCUUCUAGCCUCCAACGACCGGAUCGAAUGUCGAUCAAAGGCCAUCGUGGCUACGGGGAGCGGGGCCAUACCUGCAAGUUGCGGUGGUGCUGUCUGCCUCGCUCCUACAGGGAGCAACAGUAUUGGAUGGGACGUAGCCAGUAAUACUGGUGAAGAACCGGUGAUUCGACGUGUAAAGCUAACUGGUGUUGGACGGAAGACUCAUGGGAGAAGGGCAGAGCUUGUAACCGAACUAUCUCAGAAUGCUACCUCGGAUGCUUGGGCGUAUGAGUCUGGGCUACUUACAAGGAAGUUCAAUCCAUGCAAUGAUGAGAUGAAGGGAGUCUGA